GUGCGCAUGCUCUGCGGUGAUGACGUUUCGAACGAAACUCUAACGAAGUUCACGAAGGAAAGAGUUGGUUUACUUCGUUAAGAAAAUGGCGUCCAACAGCAUCGAUUUUUCUGAUAUACUUCAUAUGUGCGCUAAUUGUGGAUUGAAGGAAACAGGUCACAAAUAACGACCCAUGUACAGAAAUGUGGAAAUGAGAAUGGUAAGCAGAGCUCUUUUCUUAUUUUUUUUACCUUAAAUAAAAAUUAACAUACGAAAUUUCAUAAAAUCUUAUACUGUAUUUUAUCCUAAUUACUUUUUUACAAAAACUACACAUCUGCAUAAGAUAUAAGUACAGUAUAUAAUAAAGGAACAUACCAUUAUAAAUAAUUAUUAUGUCAAGAAUUAAGAAUAUUAAUGAUUAUAUCUGAUGCUCAAGUAAUAUUUCUAAACAGUUGAUACAAUUGAUACAUUUUGUACAGUUUUUCCUUAAUUAUUGAAGUUAAUAUAAAACAAUUAAUAAGCUUUUUGACCUCUUAGAAAUAAGUAAAGUAGCACAAUUAUUCACUUUUUGUUGGGGCUUACCACACACUGAGUUGGAUUAUAAAUCCCAACAAAAAGUAAAUAAUUGUGCUACGAAGUUAAUAUGUUAAAUAAUAAAUGAAUAGUAGUUGAAUAAAUUCAAUAUUUAAAAAAGAAACAUAUGCUACAGAACAGUAGGUGAUAACAGACAAGGCUAGGGCAUCUAAGCAUAAAAAAUAAGUUAUAUCUUUAAUUAUUUAUAUGUCUUUUAGGACCUAGAUGUCCUAGCUUUAAUAAUAAAUCAAUUCAUAUUAAUAUCAGUUUUAAUUAGAAUAUUUUAUUAGUUAUAUGAAGAUUAAUUUGAACAAGCUAAGUGUUCUUUUGUUGUACAAAUCUAAGCGUUUUGCUUUUAAAAUAGAUAUUUUUAAUUUAAAAACUAUAGUAAUCUUAAUGUUUAGCUUGAUCAAAUUUAGAUCUGUCUCAUCUAAAAUGUGAUUAAACACAUCUAUAUACUUUCUAAACAUAAGCAGUAAAUAUAAUUAAAUUAUUUAUGUUUUCAGUUGAUCCAAACAUAAGACAAAGAACAGAUAAAGCACCUGGAAGUCAGUCUGUCUCAUUCAAUUGGAAUGAUGAAACAACACACUUGCUUCUCAAUCAAUAUAAAAUAAAUGAGAGCAUGUUUUCUUCUCCUUAUUUAAAAAAUAAACAAGUGUGGGAAAAAAUAGCCAAUAGCUUUAAAAGCUAUGGCUAUUCCGCAACAGCACUUCAGUGCAAAAAUAAAUUUAAAUCUUUAAAAAAUAAUUAUAAAAUAAUAAAAGAUAAUAAUAAUAAAAGUGGGUCGAGCAGGAGGAAGUGCCGUUAUAUGGCUGAAUUGGAUGAAAUUUUUGAAAAGGAUCCAGCGGUACAGCCUGUUUCGUUUGCUAGUUCUUACGGAUUCAAUAAUUCUGUUGCCAUAACAGAAAAUGGAAAUAAUACAACUCAGGAAACUUCAUCACAUAAAGCAUCUGCAAACAAAAAGUGCAGAAAAGAACAAGAACCCGAAUGGUUUAAGAAUUACAGACUUACUGUCGAAAAACGCCACGAAGAAAAUAUGCAAAUAAAAAAAUUAUUAUUAGAAAAAUUACAACAGUUAAUCGAUAAAUUGUAAAACAGUUAUAUUUUAUAAAUAAAAUAUUGAUUUAUAGUUUGUGUUUUAAGUUGCUUUACAGUGAUUAAAUUAAUUGUAUAUAAAUCACUAAAAUAUUUAAAUCAUCAUUUGUGAACUCAACGUGAAAACUUUUAUUUUUCUAUGAAAUGACAUGACAAAGAAUAAUUUUCUAAACAGAUAUUACAUUGUACAGAAAUACUGUAAUUAUCAAACAUGAUUUCUGAUAGCUUAGAAACUAUCAGAAAUAUGUUGUCUUUUUCUUUGAGCAGCACUGUUAUAUUGUAUAUUAGAUGAUUCAGAUUUAAGAGUUUCAUCAUCACAAUUAACUGUGUCAAAUUCGUCAAAAUCAUCCCCUGCCAUCAAACAGAUGUUAUGAAGUACACAUGCUGAUAAUAUGUAGAGAGGCAUGGUUGACUUGAUGGUAACGGUUCAAAGUUCGAGAGAGGUGAGCGUCCAUUAGGAGUCUUUGGGAAUUCCUUUGUUCUGGUGAGUUGGAUGGUUCGUAGGAUGAUGUUCGCUGUGAGAACUUAUGGAUAUUAAUUAUGUAGGAGGCUGGAAAACCGUAGGUAAAAUGAAAAUUUGCUGACGAUAAUAGUAAGGUUCACUUUCUACACGUUGAGGUCACAGGAAAAUUGGUUGAUCGGCUGUAGCGUCACGUGGAUCCGAUGUCUUCUAUAGGGUGACGAAGUGGCACUGUUCUUGUUUUUUUUUAAAAAAUAAAGGUUAGUAAUGAUUUAGUUGUUAAAAUUUGUCCUCAAAUUUGGACUAGAGGUAUUUAGAUGGAUACAUCAUGCGUUCGUGUACUCUCUCUCGGUAAUCUAUCUCUAAUUAUUGAAAAAAAAAAUCUUUUGAAAUCUUAUAAACAAAAAGAUUUUAAGAUAAUAUUCUAGCAUUCAAAUAUAUUUUAUGAUACUCUACGAAUAUACGAAAAGCUAAUUUUCUCGUAAGAAAAAAAAUUAUAACUAAGAAAUAUAAAAAGGAUUAAAAUAUAUAUGUUGUUAUAUGAUUGUUGUUGAGGAACCCCUUAAUAUGAUAGAACAAUAGGAUUUGGGGUUGGUUAGGUUGGGACGCCUCGGGGCUUCACUUCUUGGGAAGGGAGUGGUUCGGUACUUGUCUGAGGUUGACCUUCAAUCUUGUGGAGGGAGAUUUCUUCGGGGUUGUUCUCUCGUGGUUGUUGUUGAGUCGUUGCUCGAGUUUUAUUGUGUCGUAAAUAAUAACAAAAGACACUAAUAAGCAAGAUACACAUAUGAUAGCACCAAAACAACUAGUAAGUAUCGUUGUUAGAGAAGGAGUGUAGGAUAUUGGAGGUAAUUCGGUUGUCAUUUGUAGCAGGUGAUCGAGGUCAUAGUGGACAUUUGAUAAGGAUCGGUCUGCCAAUUUCAUAUCGUAAUCUGAG